GAGACAGAGUACUGGGCUAGAUAAGGGCAGACAAUGGGGAUAGCAAACCUAGCAUAGCGUGAAUUGGCAACUCAAGGCAUAGCAGACAUUACCCGCCAGACCAGUUACCGGUUCCCAGUCCCUCCCCAGCCACCUCGCAGCAAGCGCAGAACUCUCAGGUGAUCAGCAGCAUGAGCAACCAGGUGCCAGCCCUCACCAAGCCUGCCCCAGCCUUCAGUGGCACGGCAGUAGUGGGCGGGCAGUUCAAGGACAUCUCCCUUGAGGACUACAAGGGGAAGUACCUGGUCCUCUUCUUCUACCCUCUUGACUUCACCUUCGUCUGCCCCACCGAGAUCAUCGCCUUCUCUGAGCGUGCUGAGGAGUUCCAUAAGAUUGGCUGUGAGGUCGUUGCCUGCUCCACCGACUCCCACUUCUCUCAUCUGGCCUGGGUAAACACACCGCGCAAGGAAGGUGGCUUGGGACAAAUGAACAUUCCUCUCCUGGCAGAUAAGUCCAUGGAGAUCUCUAAGGCCUAUGGUGUGCUGAAGGACGAUGCUGGCUUGUCCUUCCGAGGGCUCUUCAUCAUUGACGACAAACAGAAUCUACGACAGAUCACCAUCAAUGAUUUGCCAGUUGGCCGCGAUGUUGAUGAGACUCUGCGUCUUGUCCAAGCCUUCCAGUUUGUUGACAAGCACGGAGAAGUGUGCCCAGCUGGGUGGAAGCCUGGCAGCAAGUCGAUGAAAGCAGACCCUGUCGGCAGCAAGGAAUAUUUCAAGGCUGUGAACUGAGCUGCAGCUGUUCAGUAGUUUGUCUACCUAUGUACUCUCGGGAUUCCAGAAAUGAUUAAUGAUAGCAAUGUACUGAAUAGUGAAUGUGUAAUGAAUGAAAUUGAUGCUUUUUUUUUUAGUUUGUGUUACAGGUUGAUACUUUUUUGUGUAGUUUGAGUAAUUGAAAUACAAUUAAAGUUAUGAAUGUUAAUAUAUUUUUUUGUCAUGUUCUUGUCACACGGUCAGUACUUUUAUGUAUAGCACUAAAUGUUCUUUUCUAUUUUUUGCUUAAUUCCAAUUCAGUGUUUUGCUUUAAUUCCAAAACUAAGCCAUCAAAAAAUUAUGAAUGUCUCUGAAAUCUAGACCCUCUUUUUACUUUGAUAUUAGAACUACAUUAUCAAAAUAUUAAAAACAAAGAAAUAAUUUUUUUUUAAACUGAAAAAAAUCUAUUCAUUCUUUUGUCCUUUCAUUACAAGGUCAGUAGUUUUCUGCAGGAUAUUUUAGGUCAGUAACUUGUGUAGCAUUAAAUGUUUUAGUUUAUUUGCCUUAGGAGUCACUGGUUACUGAGAACAAAGUGAGCAGCCAUGAAAUGAGGCUAUAAUGAAACAAUGUCCUUAAGUGUUUCCGAGUGCAGCUAACUAAGUGAAUGAUCUCCGCGGAAAUGAAUAAUAAAGAGUAGAAUUGUCUAA